CCUCGAGAAGAGGAUGUACCACUGAAUGAAAUAGAUGAAGUCGGUGCUGGAGUAUGUGAAUCAACAUAUGAGGAAAAAGUUAAUGAACUUUCGUUAAAACUCAUCAAAACAACUACGAAUAAGACAAAGAACACAGAGUCAAAUAAUGAUGUAGGUUAUACACGGGGAGAAAUUAUGGUUGCAAUUGAUUUGUUGCAGGUGUACGUGCCACAUGCAAGACUUCAACUUCUCAACUCUACUAAGUUUGGGAGACAACAUUGUGACAU